AAGUCUACCCUCUGCUCAUUACUCUACAGACACAUGCACACACACACACACACACACACACACACAGAGGAAGCGAACAAGGCGAUAUCAUCAUCUGUCGACAUCUCUGAUCUCUCAAAUGGGGAUGUUUGUGCCUUAUAUUUGCACAGUAUUGGCUGUUCUAACAGCACUUUCUACAGUUUCAGGUUCAAACAUAUGUACCUCCAGAGGUGUCAGAACCUGCAAGGAGUGUUUGUCCAUUCAUCCGUCUUGCACUUGGUGUUCUCAGAAAGACAUGGGUCCCAGCAGCACCAGUGUUUCCCGUUGUAACCUAAAGUCCGUCCUGCUCCAGUCUGGAUGUAGAGCAGAGUUUAUUGAGUCUCCAGUCAGUAGCGUUGUGGUGGAAGAGGACCGCCCCCUCAGUGACCGUGCUCAAGGCUCAACUGGUGACAUCACUCAGAUUCGACCACAGCGUAUCCGGCUGACCUUGAGGCCAGAUGACCCAAAGCGUUUUACAGUGACCGUUCGGCAGGUGGCUGAUUACCCUGUAGACCUCUACUACCUGAUGGAUUUGUCCUAUUCUAUGAAAGAUGACUUAGACAGCCUCCGCUCCCUCGGCAGCAACCUGGCUGAAGCUAUGGGUAGUACCACCAGUAACCUGCGCAUGGGGUUCGGGGCAUUUGUGGACAAAACACUCUCCCCGUACAUGUAUAUGUUUCCAAACGAGGCCAUAAGCAACCCCUGUCUUGGCAUUGCCACCUGCUCGCCACAAUUCGGUUAUAAGAACGUCCUGUCACUGACAGAGCAGGUGAAUCGUUUCACAGAAGAAGUGAAAAAACAGCAAGUAUCACGGAAUAGAGACUCGCCAGAAGGAGGAUUUGAUGCCAUCAUGCAGGCUGUGGUCUGCAAGGAUAAAAUUGGGUGGCGGCCUGAUGCAUCCCAUCUGCUGGUGUUUACUACAGACGCUACAAGCCACAUCGCACUGGAUGGGAGAAUCGCAGGCCUUGUCCAGCCCAAUGAUGGACAAUGUUAUGUUAAUAAUGACAGCAUCUAUGCCAAGACUGCUAUACUGGAUUAUCCCUCCAUUGGAAUGCUCACUGAAAAACUGACUGAGAAUAAUAUUAACCUCAUCUUUGCUGUAACUGAGAAUGUGAUACCUCUGUACCUUAAUUACAGUAAGCUGAUUCCUGGUACCACUGUUGGGAAACUGUCUUAUGACUCAAAAAAUGUCAUCCAACUCAUCCUGGAUGCGUAUGCGAAUAUCAGGUCAAAGGCAGAGUUGGAGGUGUUGGGUGUUCCGGAUGAGCUGAGCUUGUCGUUUAAUGCCACAUGCCUCAACGGAGAGUUAGUACCUGGUGUUAGAUCCUGCUCAGGACUUAAAAUCGGAGACACGGUGUCAUUCAAUGUAGAGGCAAAGCUCCGUAGCUGUCCUAAAGAGAAAAGUCAUUCAUUCAUCAUCAAGCCUCUGGGCUUUAAAGAUACACUGCAGGUGACCGUCGAUUUCGCAUGCAGCUGUUCAUGCCAAGACUCUGCUGAGCCUGCUAGCCCUGCUUGUCAUAAUGGCAAUGGAACGCUGGAGUGCGGUGUGUGUCUGUGUGACCCGGGACGCCUGGGGCCACAGUGUGAGUGCACUGAGGCCGACUACAAGCCCACUGACACAGACAGCUGUAAACCCUCCCCUGGUGCAGCUGUCUGCAAUGGACAAGGCGACUGCGUGUGCGGCCAGUGUAGCUGUCACUCAAGAGACUUUGGGAAGGUUUGGGGCAAAUACUGCGAGUGUGAUGACUUCAGCUGCAUCCGCUCCAAAGGGCAGAUUUGCUCCGGUCAUGGCGAUUGUGUAUGCGGGUUCUGUCAGUGUCAUCCUGGCUGGUCAGGCGAGAGCUGUAAUUGCUCCACGAGGACGGACACCUGCAUGGCCAGCAUUGAGCUGCUGUGUAGUGGCCGUGGUGAAUGUGUGUGUGGUGUGUGUGCAUGUGCCCUGCCUGGAGCAUACGGUGCCACCUGUGAGAAAUGUCCCACCUGCCCUGACUCCUGCACCUUAAAAAAGGACUGUGUGGAGUGUAAGCACUAUAAGAGAGGACCACUGUCUGAGAAGAAAAGCUGCAACAGUGCAAUCUGCAGAGAUGACAUCCAGCUGGUGGAUGAGCUAGCCUUCCAUGAGAAGGGUGCGGUGAACUGCAGCUACAAAGACGAAGAUGACUGCAUUCAUCACUUCCAAUACUAUGAAGACAUCAGCGGAAAAUCCAUCCUGUACCUCGUUAAAGAACCCGAGUGUCCUAAAGGUCCUGAUAUCCUGGUAGUGGUGGCUUCUGUCAUCGGCUCCAUUUUCUUGCUGGGCUUGGCUGCUCUGCUGGUGUGGAAGCUGCUGGUCACUAUUCAUGACCGCCGAGAAUUUGCCAAGUUUGAGGAAGAGAGAGCCAAGGCCAAGUGGGAAGCGGCUAAUAACCCGUUGUAUAAAGGAGCUACAACUACUUUUACAAAUGUGACCUACCGUGGCAACUCCUAAAGACCCAACACCUUCAUCAACAACAGUCACUUGUCUCAGUCACAUGAUCACAUGGUCACAUAAUCUCUCUGUGAAAGACUUCACACUUUCCACCAAUCUAUGAUGUCAGCAUUCUGGCAUUGAUGAGGAAGCAGACCUGUCAAUCCUGUGACUGUGCUGUCAGGCAGAACUGUGCCUGGGAGAUGCUUCUUUGACGUACAUCUGAAUUUGUUUAAUUAUUAUUAAUAAUAAUAAUAAUAAUAAUAAUAAUAAUAAUAAUAAUAAUACGUAAGCAAGGAAAUAUAAAUAAAUAAAUAAAUAAAUCUUGUAUUUGUAUAGUAUUUCAAAUGAAAACAGGGAAAUUAGGGCGAGAUACUAAAACUUGGAGAGUCCAUUUUGUGGGAAAUUAUUUUCAUUGUUUUUUGUUUUUUUUUUUUUAAUAAAAUAA